GAAUAAAAAGAUACACAUGAAAUCUUAAAAACUGCUCAUGGGGAAUUUAGUUUUGGUUUAGAGAGACAGCCUGGACACAGGCCCUUCAGCCUGCCGAGUCCCCACCGACCAGCGAUCCCCGCACAUUAACACAAUCCUUCACUAGGGAUAAUUUUACAUUCAUACCAAGCCAAUUAACCUACAAACCUAGACGUCUUUAGAUCGUGGGAGGAAGUCGAAGUUCUUGGAGAAAACCCACGCAGGUCACGGGGAGAACAUACAAACUCAUUACAGACAGCACCCAUGGCCAGAAUUGAACCUGGGUCUCUGCCGCUGUAAGCGCUGUAAUGCAGCAACUCUACCGCUGCGCAACCGUGCCAAAAUAGUACGUGUUCACAAUAGAAUAGGUUCACAAUAGAAUUUACGUUCAGUGUUUGCUGUGUUGCAGUUAUUUAAAAGUAUUCGCCCCAAAUUUAGCAAUUGGAUAUAGAAUUAUUUUUUUAGUACUAUAAAUUGACAGUUUUAUUACCAAACUUCUGGAACCUAGCUGAAGUUUAGGUAGAGUUUUAAUAAUAUUUAAUAUUGUAGCUUUUUGUAGAUUUUUCUUGAAUCAUAAUUGUUGAACAUGUUACUCAAGCUUUGGAUUGUGAUGUUGCAUCCUCAUCCUCAUCCUGUAAACAAAUAGGUUAAGGAGGAAAUUCCUGUUUCAAAGAAAAUAUCUACACUCGGAUCAGAAAAUCCAGACCAAGACCAAGAAGCAAACCUUGAAUCAUCUUCAGAAAGAGAUGAACAUAAUGAUGCACUGAAGGUCAGAACGGAAGAGAUCUGUGGGGCACAGCCCGAGCUGAACGGAGAAGGUGAACAUUCAAAGCGAUUGUCUGACGGGGCAUUCAAUGCACAAGAGGAGCUGAAGAAUAACAUGAAUAACACAAAUCAGCGGCAGUUGCCUCCAGAAGGGGAGGAACUUCCGAAGAAGAGGGUGGUUAGAAUAGUCAGGAAAGUGAUACGGAAGGUUGUACCAGGAGAAGGAAGAAGCGAAAAGGAAAAAUCCGCAGCGAUGAAGCAGAAGGAGCAAGUGGCAGAGAAAAAGGUGGAAGGUAAAAGCAUCUCAGUAACAAAGGCAGGACCGAGGACUGAUGGAGUCAAGGCAAUGAGGCUGAAGGAUGAGAAGAAUGUUCCUAUUCCUCCCAAAGCAGAAACAGUAAUUCCAACAAAGAAAAUGGAGAAAGACGAUAUCUCGACAGGGUUGACCAGUCUAAUGGCGCGAGGGAAAAGUAAAGAUCGCAAAAUUCGGGUGAAAUCCCCGGAGAAGAAAGAGGAUAUUUCUAAUAGCGUUCCUGCUACAAGGCUCAAUUCACCUUCCCCGGAGACUGGGGGAGUGCUGAGUGAGCCACGAGUGGCAGCGCUGCCUACAAGCGAGGAGACCACAUCUUCCAGCGUGCAACAAAUCCCAGAUCAGCAAAUGGUGCCUUCACUUAUUGCUGAAGAAUUUCCAGCAGAUUACUUUAACCAGGCUUGGAGGAUGCCACAGCAAAUGACUCCCACGGAUGAAGCUCAGAUGAGGCUGGAGAGAAUUUUCAAUACUCCAGUAAAACAAAAUAGUCAUGCAUGGGAUGUGUCUUGCGUUGGUAUAUGCAUGCAUAAAAACAGAAGCCUGCUGUAAUAUUGCACCCACCACACAUUUCAAUAUAAACCAAAGCUGCUGCAAUAGAUUUGUGUAAUCGGUCAGUGAAGUGAUGCUGGCAAAUACAAUUACUCUUCACUUUUCAAGUGUACAACUGUGUUUAAUUAACAAAUCAGUUAUAGUGUCUGAAUGAUUAAAUGAUUGGUCUGAUUAGUGCAAACUUAACUGAAAUAAAUGCAUGCUAAAGCAUUGACUGUUGAUAGAAAACAGAUCACGUGUCCCAUCAACGAUGAUUCCUGUGCUUCCUGGCUGAUUGUGCAGUAGGUUUAACUUUAUUUUAUUUUUUCCACAAUUGCUCACAUAAAUGUCAAAAACAAUGAAGGUGCACAUGAUAUCUACACAAAAAUAUCUUAUUUACCAACCAUCUCAGUUUGGGUAGUCGAAAGGUCAGUAGUCAAAGGAUUCACCUUCUAACAAUGUAUAAACUAUUUUCAUUGAUAUAGUGCUUUUAAUCUCAGAGAGGAGAUUUAGCUAGAGGACUUUAACAGGAUUGGCAACAAACAAAAAUCUGUAAUACACCACAAAUUACUCGGACAGGUGGUGAAAAGGUGUUGCUCAACACGGCGUUUGGGAAAAAAUGCUGUCAU